UUUACUCAUUUCUGUUGAUCGAGGAACUGAGGGUCCUUGUGUAGUACCAAAGGAAAAGGCAAAUACGGUGUGAUUACUAGAGAGAGCAAAAAAAAGGUGGCCAGGCUGCUGGGCAGUGCCUGUGGAUGGAGUUGCUGCCCCAGUGAAAUGACCGACCAGGGCAAUAACAACCAGAGCUUCUCCCGAAACCCCUUUGCCGCUCUCUUCAGCUCCGUGGCCGAUGCCAGACAGUUUGCAUCUGGACAGAAACAGCUGCAGGAGCACACACAGCCUCCACUGGACGAUUCGGGGGAGAGCACGGAGGAGUCGGAGAACUCGGUGUCGGACAGCAUCGACGACAAUGACGACUCGCUGGCCGAGAUCAGCCGCUCCUUCCGCUCCCAGCAGGAGCUCUGCCAGCAGCUCAACGUCAACCACAUGAUCCAGAGGAUCUUCCUCAUCACGCUGGACAACAGUGACCCCAGCCUGCGGGGGGGGAACGGGAUCCCAGCGCGAUGCGUCUAUCUGGAGGAGAUGGCUGCAGACCUGGAUGGACAGGACUGGCUGGACAUGGACAACAUUGAGCAGGCCCUGUUUAACCGGCUCCUGUUGCCAGAGCCAGGAAACCACCUGAUCUUCAUGACCUCCUCCAGCGCGGUGAACAUGUCGGCGGACCGCGAUGCUGGCGAGAAGUCUGCGGUGCCCUACCUCUACGCCUGCUAUCAGAGAGCCAAGGAGGAGAUCACCAAAGUGCCAGAGAAGCUGCUGUCGUACGCCGUGCGCUGCAAGAACCUGACCGUGUCCAACGCCCGCACUGUCCUGCUGACCCCAGAGAUGUACGUCAGCCAGAACGUCUACGAGCAGCUGCUGGACCUGCUGUUGGAAGGCGUGAGCGGAGCGCAGCUGGAUGAAGUGGUGGAGUUUGUGGAGGAGGUUAUUGCCGCCCUGGUGGCCGAUCAGGAGGUGCGCACCUUCGGGGAAGUGAUGGUGCCGGUGUUGGACAUCCUGCAUGGUCGAAUAAAGGACCUGGAGCUGUGCCAGCUGCUGCUCUACUCCUACAUGGAAGUGCUGCUGUACUUCAGCCGCCAGAGGGACAUUGCAAAGGUAUUAGUUGAGCACAUCCAGCCUAAAGACCCCAACAACGGGCUGCAGUACCAAAAGACCCUGCUGGGGGCGGUGCUGAACAUCUCCUGCCUGCUGAAGACCCCCGGAGUGGUGGAGAACCAUGGGUUCUUCCUCAGCCCCUCGCGCUCCAGCCCACAAGAGAUGAAGGUGCAAGAGUCCAAUAUACACCAGUUCAUGGGCCAGUUCCACGACAAGCUCCACCAGAUCCUGAAGAACCUGCUGCAGCAGUCCACCGAGAUGCGCCACCUGCUGCUCUCCUGGCUGGGCGGCUGCCUGCAGGCUAACAGCGGGCGCGCCAAGAUCUGGGCCAAUCAGAUGCCGGAGAUCUUCUUCCAGAUGUACGCCUCGGACGCCUUCUUCCUCAACCUGGGGGCCGCCCUGCUCAAGCUGUGCCAGCCCUUCUGCCGACCGCGCUCCGCCAAGCUACUGACCUUUAACCCCACCUACUGCGCCCUGAAGGAACUGAGCGAAGAGGAGCGUCGGAAUCGGAAUGUGCACACCCGAGGUCUGGAUAAAGAGACUUGUCUUAUCCCCGCUGACCCCCAGCAGGUGGUAGAGUUCCCCCAGUCUUACAACCUGCUGACCGAGAACCUCAUUCUCACUCAGUCGGCCCUUCACCUGGGCUUCCACAGGCUCCACGAUCAGAUGGUGAAGAUGAACCAGUCCCUGCACCGGCUGCAGGGCUCCUGGCGGGAGGCCCAGCGGGGGCCCGGCCCCGGGGCCGAGCAGCUGCGUGAGCAGUUUGAGCGCCUCAUGACGGUCUACCUGUCCACCAAGGCGGCCGCCACCCAGCCCGCCAUGCUGCAGUGCUGCCUCAACCUGCAGGCCUCGACCGCCGCCCUGCUGGUGCAGCUGGGCCUGGGCAACGUGGGCCCCGAGCACGUCGAGCUGAGCUUCCCCUUGCCAACCGUCACCAACAACCUUCUCUGUUAUGUGCCAGAAUUCUUUGCGGAGAACAUGGGCGACUUCUUCAUCUUCCUGCGGCGUUUCGCAGACGAGGUGCUGGAGACGUCGGCUGAGUGCCUGGAGCAGGUCCUGCACUUCAUCACCGUGUUCAUGGGCAGCGAGGACAGGAUGAAGAACCCACACCUAAGGGCCAAGCUGGCAGAAGUUCUGGAGGCAGUGAUGCCCCACCUGGAGCCCGUGGCACCCGGUCCGACCCAGUCCAGCAUGUUCCAGCGCCAGAGGGUCUUCUGCUCGUACCGCCACGCCGCACAACUGGCCGAAGCCCUCAUCGCGGUUUUCGUGGACAUCGAGUUUACUGGGGACCCCCACCAAUUUGAGCAGAAGUUCAACUAUCGGCGACCCAUGUACCCCAUCCUCCGAUACAUGUGGGAACAGGACAACUACAGGGAGAGUAUCAAGCGCUUGGCCGACUACGCCUCGGAGAACCUGGAGGCUAUGAACCUCCCUCUCUUCCUGCGCUUCCUGAAUCUGCUCAUGAACGACGCCAUCUUCCUGCUGGAUGAGGCCAUCCAGUACCUCAGCAAGAUCAAGGUGCUGCAGAUCGAGAAGGACCAGGGUGAGUGGGAGGCCCUGACCCCUGACGCCCGGCGGGAGAAGGAGUCCAGCCUCCAGAUGUUCGGACAGCUGGCCCGCUUCCACAACAUCAUGUCCAACGAGACCAUCGGCACGCUGGCCUUCCUCACGUCCGAGAUCAAGGUCCUGUUUGUCCACCCUCUCCUGGCCGAGAAGAUCAUCUUCAUGCUCAACAACUUCCUCCAGCACUUGGUGGGUCCCAAGAUGGGCGCCCUGAAGGUGAAGGACUUCAGCGAGUUCGACUUCAAGCCGCAGCAGCUGGUCUCGGACAUCUGUACCAUCUACCUCAACCUUGGAGACGAGGACAAUUUCUGCGCCACAGUCCCAAAGGACGGACGCUCGUACUCCCCUACCCUCUUCGCCCAGACCGUCCGCGUGCUGAAGAAGAUCAACAAACCGGGCAGCAUGAUCGUGGCCUUCAGCCUGCUGGCUGACAAGAUCAAGUCCCUGGCUGACAUUCAGCAGCAGGAGGAGGAGACGUACUACGACGCCCCCGAUGAGUUCCUGGACCCCAUCAUGAGCACCCUGAUGCUGGACCCCGUCAUAUUGCCCUCUUCCCACGUGACCGUGGACCGCCCCACCAUCGCUAGGCACCUGCUGAGCGACCAGACGGACCCGUUCAACCGCAGCCCCCUCACCAUGGACCAGAUCCGGCCCAACGCGGAGCUGAAGGAGAGGAUCCGGCAGUGGCUGGAGGAACGUAAACAGGAGAGGCUGCAAAUGGGGCCUAGUGGGUAGCCUGGCAACCGGCCUGCCGUGCCCCUCUUCAGGAACACUACAGCAUCCCGCCCCCCACUGCUGCAGCCUUCCCGCACGCGCUCACUUUCGCCUUCUGACAUCAUCCCCGCCGACAGGAUGUGGAUCCUUCCACCUGGAAGGAAUUCAGAACAGGACAUGGGGGUGUGGGAGGGCGCUGGCCUGUAAUUUCUUGAUUCAGACAUCCGUGUUUGUGCCCAAAUGCCUCAUGCAGGUUAGUAAGGGACACUCCAGAAGAAAGAGGCAUUCAACUGGAGCUUAGUGCUGAAAAGAAUAGGUUUACACGGCUAAAAUGAUUGUUUAUUGGCUAGAAAGGAUCUGCAUCUGGAGGGCCAAAAGUCUGACAUUUACAAAUGAAUUAUUAUCUCUGAAGCAUACCUUUAUUUUAAACACUAGCCUGAGGUUCAGACAUGCAUUGCCUGCGGGGAAAAGUCUGUCAGGAUGUUUAAACUCAUGGAAUACCUAAAUAUCUAUGGGUUUUUUUUGCAGCUGGAGCUUGGUGUUGUCACAUGUUUUUCUUUGAGGUAUCCUGCACAGCAAUUGAGACCUUCACACAAAACCAACCUUCACAUGUCUAUGACGCUGACUGUAUUCAGUAGCAUAUUAUUUGGCCCCGCUUAGGCUGUAGAUAAAACAUUGUAUAGGGAAAGAAUACAGAAAUAUUUCAUGUAUUGUUGAUAGUAUAUAUACAAUUUCUGGAUCAGGUAGGCAAAUAUUUAGCAUGGUAUCCAAUCUACUAUAUGUUGAUUCAAUUCAAUUUUAAAGGCAGCCUGUCUGGUUUUGGUCAGAUCCAUAAAUUUCCAUCAGGUUUUCCUUGGGCGUCUCAGUUGUAACCAACACCUUUACUUCCGAAAAAUGUGCUGAUUUCUGACCGGUUUGGGGAGUGACUCAGUCAAGUGUGGACAUGCAGACUGUCGAUUCAUGCAAAAACCAGAAACUCUACGUGAAUCUUCAGAUGUAACAAACCCUGAAAGAGACUGGGGGCCCUUUUAAUCUGGCAGGCCAUUUCAGAUGCUUAACAACUGGGCUUCGGCAGUGCAGCAGAGUUCUCAUUCUUUGUGAUACGAAAGUCUGGAGUAUUGCAAAAAAAGGCAAAUGUGAAUCCAUUGUUUCCGUUUAUUUUGGUGUGUUCUGUGCCUGUUGGAAGCGAGUAAGGCAGCAGUCUUCAAUUAUUUUUUGUUUUGAAAUCUGUCAUUGUUACUGGAAUGUAUGGUUAUUUCUGUAUUGUAUGAUGAAUUGCAAGCUGUGGCUUCCAUUUGUGCUUAAACGGAGGCACAGGGACUCGUUCUUAAAAGCAAAGGAAUUUCCCUGAUCCUGUUUUUUUUUUUUGCGGUGCUUUGGCGAUUUAAAUAUGUGUUCACGAGGUUUCGGUUUUUGGACAUUCUGGGCUCUGACAGUGUAAACCACAGAGUUUAGUCAUGUUUUUUUUCUUCCCUAGGCGAACCCAAUGACCUCGGUCAAUCAAUAAAUAAAACCAUCAGGAA